CACAGACUGAUAGUGGGGAAGGUCGCAGAAGCCCGACAAUUCCGUUUCCUGAUGUUUCAAUUCAGGCCACAGAAUGGCAGUGGGGAAGACAUGGGGAAAACAUCCUGCACAAUAGAGAUCCAAGCAGCAUUUAUUCUUUCCUCUUUUGUGACCUUCUUCAGUGGACUUCUCAUCUUAUUUUUUUCCAGGCUAUGCUGGAGGGCCUUAAAAAAAUGGCGAGACAUCAAAGGAGCAGGACUUCUCUUGGGAUUAGUCUUGUCACAUAGCUUUGGUGAUAGACAUUUAAAACGUCACCACUUUCAUGGAGUAUUUCGUGAUCGGAUAGAAAUGUUGCUUUCAGCACAGACCUUUGUGGGGCAAGUGUUGGUGAUCCUUGUCUUUGUCCUGAGCAUCGGGUCUCUUAUAAUCUAUUUCAUCAACUCUACUGACCCUGUUAGAAGCUGUUCUUCAUACCAAGACAAAACCAUCCCUAUUGAUUUGACUUUCAAUGCUUUCUUUAGUUUCUAUUUUGGGUUGAGAUUUCUGGCAGCUGAUGACAAGGUCAAGUUCUGGUGGCAGAUGAAUUCGAUUGUAGACAUCUUUACCAUCCCACCAACCUUUAUUUCUUAUUAUUUGAAGAGUAAUUGGCUAGGUUUAAGGUUCUUAAGGGCAUUGCGGCUGCUGGAACUUCCUCAAAUCUUACAAAUUCUGCGAGCAACCAGGACCAGCAAUUCAGUGAAGUUUUCCAAGCUGUUAGCCAUAGUUCUCAGUACCUGGUUCACCGCUGCAGGAUUCAUUCACCUGGUGGAAAAUUCUGGUGAUCCCUGGCUCAAAGGUAGAAAUUCACAGAACAUAUCCUAUUUUGAGUCCAUUUACCUGGUCAUGGCAACGACGUCAACUGUUGGCUUCGGAGAUGUGGUAGCCAAGACAGCCCUAGGACGGACCUUCAUCAUGUUCUUCACCCUGGGGAGUUUGAUACUAUUUGCAAACUAUGUCCCUGAAAUGGUGGAACUCUUUGCUAACAAGAGGAAAUAUACCAGUUCCUAUGGAGUGCUCAAGGGGAAGAAGUUCAUCGUGGUAUGCGGAAAUAUAACUGUUGACAGUGUGGCUGCUUUCCUGAGGAACUUUCUCCGCCAUAAGUCAGGGGAAAUCAACACCGAGAUUGUUUUUCUGGGAGAGGCUCCUCCUUCUUUGGAAUUAGAAACCAUAUUUAAGUGCUACAUGGCCUAUACAACUUUUGUUUCUGGAUCUGCACUAAAGUGGGAGGAUCUGAGGCGAGUUGCGGUGGAAUCUGCAGAAGCAUGCCUGAUUAUAGCCAACCCUUUCUGCAGUGAUUUGCAUGCUGAAGAUACUUCAAACAUUAUGAGGGUGCUCUCUAUCAAGAACUAUCACCCACAGACCAGAGUCAUCAUACAGAUACUUCAAUCCCAUAACAAGGUUUUUCUGCCAAAGAUUCCCACCUGGAGCUGGAUCGGUGGGGACAACAUCAUCUGCUUUGCUGAAUUAACGCUUGGAUUUAUCUCCCAGGGCUGUUUGGUGCCAGGCUUGUGCACCUUUCUAACGUCUCUAUUUGUUGAGCAAAACAGAAAGAUUUCUCCUAAAUGGCCCUGGCAAAAAUAUUUCUUUAAUGGCCUGAAGAACAAAAUCCUGACUCAACGUCUCUCUGAUGACUUUGCUGGAAUGAGUUUUCCUGAAGUUUCCCGGCUCUGCUUUGUGAAGAUGCACCUCCUGCUGAUAGCCAUCGAACAGAAACCCACAGUUCACGGUUACUGUGGUCUGGUACUAAAUCCAUCUGCACAAGUUAAGCUGCAUAAGAACACAUUAGGGUUCUUUAUUGCUGAAUCUGCAAAGGAAGUCAGAAGAGCCUUCUUUUACUGUACCAGCUGUCACAGUGAUGUGCAUGUUCCUGAGCUAAUAGAAGAAUGUAGCUGCAAACACAAGAGCCAUCGAUUCACCACAGGGGCAACAGUAGCGGUAAAGAGAAACAGCCUGAAGGAAUUCCCUGGUACAGAAAGGCAGAAUUUUCAAGAGUCACCAUUAAACUUCAGCCCUGACGCCAAGACUUUUCCACAUGAAGUGCAACAAGAUUUUAGCCAGCUUGACAGCACUGGCAUGUUUCACUGGUGCAAAGCAACCGCUUUGGAGAACGUGAUUCUGAAACGAAGCGACAAGUCAAAGCAUGAGUUUCAGAACCACGUUGUAGCAUGUAUCUUUGGAGACGCCCACUCAACGCUGAUGGGGCUUCGGAAUUUUGUAAUGCCUUUGAGAGCUAGCAACUAUACCCGGCAGGAGCUGAAGGACAUUGUGUUCAUUGGCUCUCUGGAUUACCUGCAGAGAGAAUGGCGAUUUCUUCGGAAUUUUCCGCAGAUAUACAUUCUGCCUGGAUCUGCACUCUAUUCUGGAGACCUCCAUGCAGUCAACAUAGAGGAAUGUUCUAUGUGCGCUGUCUUAUCCUCCCCAUCCAAGUCAGCAAGCAGCCCGACUCUGGCAGACACAGACACCAUCAUGGCCACCCUCGCCAUCGGAUCAUUGAAGAUUAGGUGCCAUACCCAGACAACCUCGGAGCCACAGUCUUCAAGGGGCUGUAAUGGAUAUUCUGAAAAAUCAGGCUACAGAAGAAUUCCCAUUCUCACUGAACUGAAAAAUCCUUCCAACGUCCACUUUAUUGAACAGCUUGGUGGAAUGGAAGGAGAUCUCUCUGGAACAAGCCUGCAUCUCAGCACUUCCUUUGCCACAGGCACUGUCUUUUCCGGCAGCUUCUUGGAUUCCCUCCUGGCCACAGCCUUCUACAAUUACCAUGUCCUGGAAUUACUUCAGAUGCUGGUAACAGGAGGGAUAAGUUCUCAGCUGGAACAUCAUUUGGACAAGGAUAAGUUCUCUGGGGUGCCCAAGAGCUACUCUACAAUUUUGUCUGGCACAACACGUUGUAAACUGGGGCUUCUGUCCUUAAAUCAAACCAUUUUGUCAGACAUUCAACCAAGAAAGACCUUUGGGCAGUUGUUCUGUGGCUCAUUAGAUAGUAUUGGAAUCCUGUGCCUUGGCUUAUACCGCAUGAUGGAUGAAGAGGAGCGCAACCCGGAACGCAAAAGGUUUGUGAUUAUCCGGCCAGCCAAUGAUUUUAAGCUGCUGCCCUCGGAUCUUGUGUUUUGUGCCAUCCCUUUCAGCACUUCUUGUUGCAAACAGAAUAGUAGUUCAUCUCAACUUCCCUGUGAAAUUAUAAAUCUAGCACCACUGACAUCAAAGACACUUCUAGACAUAAAUAAGCCUCCUACAGUUAAUCCAGUUAACCAGACUACAACACAACCAUUAGUUCAUUCUUUGGAGUCCAAAAUUAUCCCUGUUAGUGAUUCUAAGCAACCUGUAUUGACCCAGAAUGGUAGCCUGUCACCCCAGAUACAUCUGGGCAAAACUGUGGAAGAAAAUGGAGAGGAAAACAUGAAGGAAAUCUCAAAGAAUGCCUUUGCAAAUUCAAAGUCACGCUAGAAUUGUUGAUAUUCUCUACAAUCUCCUAGCUCACUACUUACAAAGUAUCUGCAGAGAUAAUGAAUUUGAACAGGGAAAAUAAAAAUGGACUCAUGCCAUUUUUGUGCCCAUUACUUAGUGGUUGGCCAGCAAGCCCACACUGUUUUGGAAGAGACAAAAGUCUGAUCUAAUCUCACUGGAUCUUGUGUGAUAAAUAAAGAAAUAUCUGA